GUAUUUUUAAUAUAACGGCGUUUUUUGAAUUCACGUUAACGGCAGUUGUUGCAUUCACAUUUUGAUGAGUUUGUUAUGAAUGGUUACGAAGUUAUCGAGAUAAUAUUUUAUAUAAAAUGUAAAUAUAAAAUUGCUGUUUUUUUUUUUCUUUCACAUGACAAUAAACAGUAGCGAUGUAAAUUCAAAUAAAAAUAGUUUAUAAUGGUCUGGUGUUUGAAGUACGAUGCAUUCUACUUGCGUUCUUUUCUCGCAGUCAUGAAGAUUAUACAAAUAAUUUUUCUACUUAUUGCGUAUGCUAUAAUGCAGUCUUUUAUAAAUCUUGUUUUGCUAAGUAACUUCAAGUUUUCCAAGAUGCAAUUUUUUGUGUUAGUAACAGCUAUUGGUUGGAUUUCAUAUUUAGUAAUGUUUUGCCUAAAUUUGUUUAUGGUAACAAACAACUUUUUAAUACCUUGGUAUUACGUUUAUUUAAUUUCAGACGUUGUAUUUGCUUUGUUUUUAUCUAUUGCAGUCACAGUAAUAGCCGUUCAAAUUGAUACGAUAAACAAUACCGAACAAUUUUAUAUACCUGAUAUUGGAACAGGAGGAAAAUUUGUUCAAGAAUGUGAGUUGAUAACUUUAAACUCAAGCGCUUCGUGUUCUUUAUUGAACGCAGGAGUUAUUUUUGGUGCUUUAGGAAUUUGCGCCAUUUUAUUGGACAUAGUUGUUUGCAUUCAUAAAAUCAAAAAAGGACAAAGUAGUCAUUAUAAUUCAACAUUUCCUAAUGACAACAUUACGGUAUCAACAGCUGAUACCAUUACUAACUCGUCUAUACCAUCUCGACAGUCAAACCAUAGACUUGAUUUUCAAGAAUAUCGAACUGAAGGGAUGUUUUAAGACUUCAAAAUAUCCGAUUAAUAAUCUGUUUUUAAUGAACUUUAAACUAUGAAUAAUUAUUGAAUAUUGUUAUCAGAAUUUAUUUUGUUAUAAAAAUAAUUAAUUUUUUAUACAGUUUUUUGUUGCGAAAUACUUAUAUCUUAA